AUGGCGGCCGAGGUUCAACUGCUGCAGCCGCUCAAGCUGCCAAAAGGCCCCUCGACACUGACCUCGGAGCAAAAAUACUGGAAUUCGUACGCGUCGGAAUUGCGACUCGACCCGUCGCAGCACUCGUCGCCUGUCACCCACAUCUCGAUACCGCCUCCUCCGCCCUCGAGCCUGCAAACCGCGGCGCAAGACCUCUUCGCCGUCACCACAGGAUCGCGCGUGCAAAUUUUCUCGUCCAAAACGAGAAAAGUGGUAAAGACCAUCUCGCGGUUCGGUGUCGAUGACAUUGCGCACUCGGGUAACAUACGGCGCGAUGGCCGCAUAUUGGUCGCAGGAGGCGAAAGCGGUGCCAUACAGGCCUUUGACGUGAAGAGCAGGGCCAUUUUGAAAACAUGGAAAGAGCACAAGCAGCCUGUGUGGGUGACGCAAUGGCAUCCGACCGAGCUCACCAACCUCAUGAGCUGUUCCGACGACAGGACAGUGCGGCUAUGGGAUCUGCCGAGUGACAAGAGCAUGACGAAAUUCGACGGCCAUCAGGACUAUGUGCGCUGCGGUGCCUUCAUGCCGGCGCAGAGCGGACUGCUGGUCUCAGGUAGUUAUGAUCAGACGGUGCGCCUCUGGGACUCGAGAGCAGGCGGCAAGGCAGUCAUGGUCUUCAAGCACGCCGCCCCUAUCGAGGCCGUCUUGCCCAUGCCUUCCGGUACCGCCGUUCUCGCCUCCAGCGACAAUGCCAUCAGUGUCCUUGACCUCAUUGCCGCAAAGCCAAUCCACAUGCUGCGCAACCACCAGAAGACCGUCACCGCCCUGACCCUUGCCAACAACGGCGAACGCCUCCUCUCCGGCGCGCUCGACGGGCACGUCAAGGUGUUUGAGACCACAGGCUGGAACGUCGUGGGAGGCCUCAAAUACCCGUCUCCCAUUCUCUCCCUCAGCGUCAUUCCCAGCCAAAAUGAAGACAAGCACAUUGCUGUCGGUAUGCAAUCGGGUCUCUUAUCACUCAAAACUCAUCUUUCGGGCGAACAAAAGGCCCAAGCACGCGAACGCGAGAAGGAGAUGAAGGCCUUGAUGGAGGGCAAGAUUGAAGAGUACGACCGCGGUAAGAAGCGAAAGCGCGGCGCGGGCUGGGAGAAGCGACUUCGUGGCAAAGACUACACCGGCGAAAGCGCGGACAUUGUCAUUGAGGGAAAUGCGAGGGGAAAGAUUACAAAGGGAACAGCAUGGGCGCAUGCGUUAAGGGCGGCCCAGUAUGCAAAGGCUUUGGAUUUAGUCUUCGAAGUCAAGGACCACAACGCACGCGACCAACACCUCUCUCUCCUCACCGCACUACGUCACCGCUCUGCGCUUCGGACUGCCUUGAUGAACAGGGACGAAGUCACGCUCCAACCCAUCUUGCGCUGGAUCAUCAAGAAUAUUUCCGACUACCGCAUCACGCAGCUGACCACGGAUGUUGCUCUUGUCGUACUCGACCUCUACGCCGAUCAGCUGGGUCGAAGCGAGGAGAUUGAUCAACUUGUUUCAGCACUAAUGAAUCGGGUCAAGGUCGCCGUAGAUGCAAGUCAAAGUGCAUGGAGUGUACAGGGUAUGGUAGAUAUGCUUACAGCAAGUGUCGGCAUCGAGGAAGUUGUCGAGGCGUAA